AUGUCAAAGCGAACCAACGAGCAUCAACUCACCUCCGACAAUUUUAGAGAUCAAGAUGAAGAGGAAACAGAAGCCGGACAUUUUGAAAAGGCUUCUGAAGACGAAAUUAGAGAACGAAAACCCAUAAAGGCUAAGAGAAAACAUCCUGCUGGUUCUGUGGGUGUUCCAACCACAACUUUCAAUUUUGCUGUUCCUCCUCCUUCAUCAGCAACAACAACAACAACAGCCACCACAGAGACGACUCCAAAGCAACUUGCUUGGAGCUUCUCAGUUCCAUCACAACAACAACAGCCACAAUCACAACAAGCCACAAAGCCAUCAUUCGCUUUCAACUUUGGUCAAACCACUCCCACACCAUCCUCAGCAACAACGACACCAGAUGCCAAGGAUCUUCGUAUUAAAGAAUUGGAAAAGAGAGUCAAAGAAUUGGAGAAUGAAACGGAGCAACUAAAGAAACAAUUACAAGAGAAAAAGAGUGGAGCUCCAACAUCGACCACUUCAAGCGGUGGAGGCUUUGCCUUUUCUUUCGAUCAAUCUGCAACAAAGCCAUUUGCAUAUUCAUUCCCACAACCUGCAUCCAAUGCGGCUGGAACUACACAUGAUACUGCUACAGAACAAGGUGCAAAAACAGCAACAACCAACCACACAACCACUCCGAUCAUUCUUUCAACAGCUGGCACAGACACUCCAUCUUCUUCUUCUUCGACUACUGCUAGUGAACCUCAAAAAUUCUCAUUCGGAGGUUUUUCAACAUUCUCAAACCCAUUCAGUGGAGCAAGUUCAAAUCUAGGGGAAAGCCAAUUUAAAUUUGAAAUUUCAAACAAGCCACCAUCGUGGACUAACACAGACUAUAAACCAAAGGUAGCCUCAGGAGGUGCAGCUGCCAACGAAGAAGAUGAGGAGGGAGGAGAUGCAACAGAUUAUGAACCAAGCCUUCCAGCCAUGAGUCACAAGAUUAUUGAUCUUCCUCCAGUAGAAUUAAAAUCAGGUGAGGAGAAUGAAAAAUUAUUAGGUGAAUAUAAGGCCGCCAAAUUAUAUCGAAGUGUGACUGUGGAUGGCAAGUCCACCUGGCAACAACGAGGUGUUGGUACAUUGAAGAUUAAUUUGAACAAAAAUGAUGAGAAGGAUGCUCGUUUGGUCAUUAGAGCAGACUCUGUUCUCAAACUCAUCUUGAACGCUAAGAUUUUCAAAGGAAUGAAAUUCUCUCCAUUCCAAGAACAAUCGAUCAUUUUCUCCGUCCAUAAGAGUCAAAUUUGUGAACAGUUGACACCAGAAGAAUUAUCCAAAGAGCCAGAGUUUAUUCCUCACCUCAUUCGUUUCGACCAAAAGAGCGAACGAGCUGAUUUUAAGAAUAAGGUGGAGGACAUUGUUGCCAAGUUGGAAAAGUAA